AUGGCCCCCGGAAUCACGGAACCCUCAUCCUCAGCAGGUCCUUCGACCGCUGAAAGCAAGCCUACCGUCUAUGUUCUUGACACCUUCCCUCCCAAGGCCAUCGAGUACGCCAAGACUCUGUUCAACAUUAUCCAACCUCAGGAUGAAGAAUUCAAGAACUGGCGGCAAAAUGCCCGAGCGCUGCUAAUUCGAGGCUCAUAUGUUACGGCUGAUGACAUCGCGAGCUGCCCGAAUUUAAUCGCCAUCGGCAAGCAUGGCGUGGGAAUUGACAAGAUCAAUCAGGAUGCCUGCGCACAGAGGGGUAUCAAGAUCCUCAACACCCCCGGUGCCAAUGCGCGGGACGUUGCCGAGCUGGUCGUUGCACUGGCCUUGUCGGUUGCUCGGGGAAUUCGGUCCAUCACAACCCGGCAAAUGUUGAAGCCCGUACCGAAGGAGACCUGCAAUGGAUUGACUCUGUAUCAGAAGACGAUCGGCAUCAUUGGUAUGGGGAAUAUCGGACGUACAGUGGCGGAAAUAUUCCGCGGUGGCUUCGACGCCAACAUUGUUGCUUAUGACGCCUACAUGCCCGAGGAUGUGUGGUCCCAUAUCCCACAUACCAGGGCAAAGAGUGUCGAUGAGGUGCUUGUCCAGGCAGACGUGCUCUCUGUCCACGUCCCCCUCACCGCAGAGACCCGAGACAUGAUUUCCUAUGAGCAAAUUCGCGCAAUGAAGCCCGACGCAAUUCUGAUCAAUGCUGCUCGUGGUGGUAUUAUCAACGAGGCCGACCUCACCAAGGCGUUAUCGGAAGGGUAUCUUUGGGGUGCAGGGUUGGAUUGUCAUGAGCAAGAGCCACCGAGCCAUGAGAAGUAUGAGGCCCUCUGGAAGAAUUUGAACGUUAUUAGCACACCACACAUUGGCGCUGCCACCUCAAGGGCGCAACUGGCCAGUGCUACAGCAGCGGUGGAUAACCUGUACCAAUAUCUCUCGAAACUGUGA